AUGGCACCGUUUGAUUAUUUAAGAGCGAUCGAGACGCUUCAUGAAUUACGUAAAAGUGGAGAACGGAAAUCGGCUUUAGUUGUUUCACUAGGCGAAAGAUUAUUACGAGACUAUACUAGAAAACUUGGUGAUGAGGUUUGGCCUGUAUAUGAACAAGUUUUCAUCUCUGCACUGGAUCAUGGAAAUGAUGCAUUAGCAAAGACAUGCUUUGAAAAACUUGAAAAACGAUUUCCUGGAUCGCCUCGGGUUAAGAUAUUAGAAGGAAUGAAAUUAGAGGCAGAAGAUAAAUUAGAUGAGGCAUUGCGACUUUAUGAUGAAAUAUAUAUAUGUGAGAUUGUGCAAAACGACCCAGAAAUUUGCGUUGAAGUCGUCGUUGGGGUCGCUGGAUUUUUUAAACCGUUGUAUAUAAGUUCUAUGAACUUUCGUAACGUUAAAACUCGAACUAUUCUCGCUAUGGAAAAGCGAUUUCUUGCAACCCGUAUCGCUAAAGUUUUGCCUCGUAUCCCUGCUGUGAUUCGUAAAUACUCUGUAUUAGCUUCCUCGGAGAGUCUUUCUCCGUUUGCUAAAGAACGUCUUGCUAUCGAGGAACAUGCAAAGGGCACUGCUAGAACUUGGAAAAAUAUUACUAUUUACGUUUGUACACCGGCCCUUUUCUUGGGCGUAGCGAAUUCAUACAGAAUCAUGAAGGAACACGAGGCUCACCAUGCAGAGCAUGAACAUGAAGAAGAACAUCCACAUUUUCAAUAUCAACGUAUCAGAACCAAGCCUUUCCCAUGGGGUGAUGGUGACAAAACUCUCUUUCAUAAUCCCAAAGUCAAUAAGUAA